AUGGAUGCUCAACAGACGAGCAGUGGAUCUAGGGGUUCAGCUGAUGCGAGGGGACCAAGAGAAGAAGCGCAGCAAAGAACUGCGAAGGUUCAUAGUGGGUUCAGAAUAAACCCUUUAGUAGAAAUCCUUUCUAACUUGACUGAGGAAAAAGAGAGAAUUAUAAGGAAAAUGAGGUUUGAUGGACUUUUGCUACUACCUAAAGGAGAGGGGGAUUCUGAGAGGCCAUUCAAACUACAGUUCUCUUUUUGGUUGCUGACGAACUUAGACUCUACUACUGGAACUCUUCAGCUAGGAGAUCGUGGAAGCAUUCCAAUAAAAGAUGCAGAUGUUAAUUUUGUUAUGGGUUUACCAUGGACUGGUGAGGAGUUGGCUGUACAUGACCCUUCAAAACUGGACCGGAACAAGAAUAUUAUAAGGAAAAAACUGGUAUUAGAUGCGAAUGAUGAACUUGAUCUUGACAGCAUUAAAAAGGUUCUUCAGAGGGAUAUAUCCAAUGAUAAGGAUGAAGCACUUCAAGAUGCAUACAUGAUAGCUAUGGUGAUAUAUGCAAUUAGCUAUUUCAUAGCACCAAGGGGGAGGCCACCAAAAAUCAACACAGAUAUAUUUGACUCAAUCACUGAACCAAAACGUAUAUUGAACCUGAACUGGUCAUCCUAUGUAUUGAAGACACUCAAAGAAACUAGUUCCAAGAUUAAGGCUGACAUGCAAGCUGGGAAAUCAUCAGUUUGCUUGGAUGGCUAUUUGUUAUUCCUUCAGAUCAGUCAUUGUAUUACAACUGAAUGCAAAGUGCCAAGAGUAGGUGACUUUGGAUAUGAAAAACUGAAGAAAUUAAUCAUAAUGGACAAAUUUAGGAGUGGCCAGGGAGAUGGACAACCAUAUGGAAGAUUUGAGGUAAUUGAGUAUAUAGACCAGCAAAACUCAGAUCACAAAAGAAGAAUCAGGAACUCCGCAAUGGACUUCGCAGAUAAACUAUGCAGUUCUAGUGACAAGCACUGUGAUGAAGUGAAAGCAUAUGUUUUGAAAAGGAUGUCAUCAAAAUUGAGCAGAGAUAAAGAUAAAGAAAAUGAUACAACUGAGCAAUGUUCAAAAGAUAAAUUGUCAAAGGAUAAAGCUAAAAAUAGCAGGAAGGAAGGAUUACAUCCUGAAAUUAUCGACCUAACAGGGCAUGAUGAUUUUGAUGAACAAGAGGGAGGAAAGGACAAUGCAGUUCCAACAGGAAUAAAUUUAAAUGCUGGAGGCCUGAACCAGCGUCGUGGGACAAAGAGAGCUGCAAACAGGAUCCCAAAAGCUAUAGCCAAAAGAUUGUUCAUGGGUGCGGGUGGGAGCGAAAAAAGUCAGGGAGCGGAAGGUCAUCCAGAAGUAAGAAAUGAUUAUUUCAAAAUGUCCAGCAAGGCGCAUGAGAAAGCUAAGAAGCAGAAUGUCACAUACAGCGAAGAGGAUAGUACAUCAACUGAUGGUGGAGAGCUCGAAUCAAGUACUAGCAAACAUGGCAACUAG